AACUAUGGCACUAGGAAUUUUUAUUUUCUAGAUUAAAAACAGAUUAUACAUUUGGAUUAACCUAGUUUUUGGUAGAUCUGCUUUCAAUUGGAAUUCAAACUUGGAGCUUAUAUAUCUGGAUUUCAAUACAUUAGUAAGCUACAUUUCAUCUAGGGUGCAGCACUCCAUCGCUUCGCCUAGCAGCACGACACUUGUAUUGCUCUCCCACAAUCCCAUUUUUACGGUUUUAGGCUGCUCCCAUUUCGCUCGCCGCCACUAUGGGAAUUAUUUUUGCUUUCUUUUCCUCUUGUUACUAAGAUGUUUCAAUUUGCCAGAUAACUUACCUACCUACCGGCAAAGAAAAUACUUUUCUGAUUAAAAUAAAAAUUAAGGACGGCCAGCACUAUGCUAUUAAAUCUAUCUUUCAUAAAAGUACAUAAGAAUAUUACUACAACAAUCAUCACAAGACAAAUUAAGACUCGAAUAACCCAUUAAAACGACCAAUCGUACUUCUAUUACCCAUCAAACAGCCAAUGUUUCUUGGAACGUGAGACGCUCACAGUUCAUUACUAACUGUUGUCUUCUUCAUAUUGUCUAAACUAAACUAAAAACUACAUAUGUGAAACAAAUUUUUCUGGAAAGCUUCGCCAUUCCUUGUAACUAGUUCGAAACUUAUACGGAUUUCUCAAUAGGGUGGUCGAGUAUUUGCCACAUAAUACUAAUUAAAGUUUGAAUCUUGACAAUCUCUUCUUUUCAAAAAUUUCCUAUGUGCAAAAAAAAAAAAAAAAGAACCUGCUGAUAUAAACAGUUCUUACUUUACAUUCCAUAAGCUGCCAAUCUCUUCAAACUAAAUGAGAUCGUGUGAUAUCAGUUUGCAUUCCCCUUCUCUUAUCAUAUACCUUCAAGUGAUUCUCUUACUUUCUUUCAACUUAGAGUGGUGGAAGCAAGCUAAUGCUUCAGGAAAUGAGACUGAUAAACUUGCUUUGCUCAAGUUCAAAGAAGCAAUAAGUGCUGGUGAUCCAAAUCAACUCUUGGAUUCAUGGAAUGACUCUCUCCCAUUUUGCAAUUGGUUUGGAAUCACAUGCAGUCGCCGGCAUCAGAGAGUCAAAUCCUUGGAUUUGGAAGGGCAGAAUUUAUUUGGAACAAUCUCACCUUAUAUUGGCAACCUGAGUUUUCUUCGAGUCAUCAACCUCCAAAACAACAGUUUCCAUGGUGAAAUUCCACAAGAAGUUGGCAGGUUAUUUCGCCUGGAAGAAUUGUUUCUCAACAACAAUACUUUGGCAGGCGAAAUUCCAAUCAACUUAACUCGAUGUUCCAAGCUCAUGUUUCUUGAUUUGGGUUGGAAUUAUCAUAUAUCAGGAAAAAUCCCAGCUGAACUUGGUUCUUUAACUAAGCUUCAGAAUCUUAGUCUUGUUGCAAACAACCUGAUUGGAGAAAUCCCAGCUUCCUUGGGCAACCUUUCAUCGCUCACUUUCUUUCGUCUAUCGUCUAACAGAUUGUUGGGAAAUAUUCCUGACGAUUUGGGCAAAUUAACAAGCUUAACAGUUUUUGCUGUUUCAGCAAAUCAACUAUCUGGCACAAUUCCUCUGCCCCUCUUCAAUAUCUCCUCCAUCAGAAUCUUUUCUGUCACACAAAAUCAACUCCAUGGGAAUCUGCCAGAAAACUUGGGCAUCAGUCUCCCAAAUCUCAUAUUUUUCUCAGUUGGGAACAAUAAUUUCUCUGGGACAAUUCCAAAUUCUCUAUUCAAUGCUUCUCAUCUGGAAAUAGUUAAUCUUGGUUGGAGUAAAUUUGUUGGACAAGUUCCAAUGAAUUUAGGAAAUCUUAAAAACCUCUGGUGGCUAAGACUUCAUGGAAAUGCUCUGGGAAGUAAUUCAACCAAUGACUUAGCUUUUCUAGACUCUUUGACAAACUGUACCAAGAUGAAAAUCUUGGAUUUGGGUAGAAACAAUUUUGGAGGUGUUUUACCAAAUUCUGUAGCAAAUUUGUCAACCGAAUUUGAUCUGUUCUAUAUUGGGGAGAAUCAAAUCACAGGCACCAUUCCUGCAGGGUUAGAGAAUCUCAUCAAGUUAACUGGAAUAGCCCUGCAUAAUAAUCUUCUUUCAGGCUUCUUCCCCAAUUACUUUGGGAAGUUUCAGAAACUACAACUUUUGAGUUUAGGUGGAAAUAGGUUGUCCGGAGAAAUUCCAUCCUCCAUCGGAAAUCUUACACAUUUGCUUGAACUCUACUUCCUAGACAACAAUUUUCAGGGAAGCAUUCCUUCAAGCAUUGGAAAUUGCCAAAAUUUGUAUAUCUUAGACAUUUCACAGAACCAUCUGAAUGGAGUUAUACCCCCUGAGAUUUUACUUGUUCGUUCCUUCACACAAUUACUGAAUUUAUCUCAAAACUCUUUAACUGGAGUCCUGCCUUUUGAAGUAGGGAAGCUAUCAAAUAUAGGAGCACUAGAUUUCUCAGAAAACAAUCUUUCAGGCCAAAUUCCUGCAACAAUUGGAGAUUGCUUGAGCUUGGAAUUCCUUUAUCUGCAAGGGAAUUCAUUUCAAGGGACCAUCCCUCCAUCUUUAGCUUCCCUGAGAGGCCUUCAAUAUUUAGAUCUUUCACGAAACAAGUUGACAGGGCGAAUUCCGAAAGAUCUACAGGACAUUCCAUAUUUACUUUUCCUGAAUCUUUCUUUCAAUGAUCUUGAGGGAGAAGUACCAACUGGAGGAGUUUUCAGAAAUGCAAGUGCUGUAUCAUUAAUUGGUAAUGAUAAGCUUUGCGGCGGUGUCUCAGAACUCAAUCUACCAAAAUGCCCGAACAAGAGAGGAGGGUUGUUUUUUCAUAAGCUGGAAAUUAUACUAACUGUAAUGGCUGUGUGUAUCUUAUUGACAUUAGCCUUUCUUCUUGUUUAUUGGAAAAGAAAUCCAAAGCAGAAGUCAUCUUCUUCAUCCUCAAUGAUGAAGCAAUUUCUUAAGGUAUCUUAUGGAGAUAUUUGUCGUGCAACGAAUGGAUUCUCUCCAGAAAAUUUGAUCGGAUCUGGCAGCUUCGGCUCUGUGUAUAAAGGAUUUCUAGAUCAAGUUGAAAGACCAGUAGCGGUUAAAGUUCUCAAGCUUGAACAUAAGGGUGCUUCCAAGAGCUUUAUUUCUGAAUGCAUUGUGUUGAGGAAUAUCAGACACCGAAAUCUUGUGAAGAUGUUGACAUGUUGCUCAAGCAUGGAUUACAAACUUAAUGAUUUCAAAGCUCUAAUCCUUGAAUUCAUGGGAAAUGGGAGCUUGGAGAAGUGGUUGCAUCCUGAAAUAGAAGGCAAAAAUCAAUCAUGGAAUUUAAACUUGCUUCAGAGAUUAAAUGUUGCCGUCGAUGUGGCCUCGGCCUUGCAAUAUCUUCAUGAGCAAUGUGAAAAUCCAAUUAUUCAUUGUGACCUGAAACCCAGCAAUGUUCUUUUCGACGACGACAUGGUUGCUCAUGUAUCUGAUUUUGGUCUUGCAAGACUCGUUUCAACAAGCAAAUCUUCAUCUCAAAGCUUGUCUACGACAACUGGAAUAAAAGGAACAAUCGGUUAUGCUCCUCCGGAAUAUGGAAUCGGUUGUCCAGCAUCCAGAGAGGGGGAUGUGUAUAGCUUUGGAAUCCUUGUAUUAGAGAUGUUCACAGGAAGAAGACCAACUGAUGAAAUAUUCAAAGAUGGCUUAAAUCUUCACAGCUUUGUGAAGACAGCAUUGCCAGAAAGCCUUAUGCAGAUUAUUGACCCUAACCUCAUCACAGCAGAAACACAAGAAACAAAUUCUGGAAGAACAGCAACAGAAGAAGAAAGAGAAUUGUCUAACCUGAGCAAGAUGAGUGCAAAAGCACGAAGUUGUGUAGUUUCAGUGCUUGAAAUUGGUAUUGGCUGUUCAGCAGAAUCACCCAAAGGACGAAUGAGUAUGGAGGAUGUUAGCAGACAACUGCAUUUGAUCAGAAAAACUUUUCUUGGAAUCUAAUUCCACAAUGAUAGAACAGGUGAACAAUUUUUUCCUUGUUAUCUAGAUCCAUGAAAACAUUUCGUUUUGAUAGUUCAAGGACUUUUCAUGGCUGAUUCUGUCUCUUUCCUUUUGGGUU